GAAUAUCUUGUAAAAAACAGUUUUUUGUAAUUGUGUACCUUAAAAAAUUUAAUUUCCUAAUAGGAAAAAAGAAAGCUAUCUCUCCCUUCACAACGACUGUAAUUCUUUGAUUUCAUUUCAUAUAAUCAUAUAAGAAAGGAUCAAAUUCCUUUUUUCUCUUUUUGUUAUUUGAUAGGUUGGUAAAAAAAAAUUAUCAUUGUUAAGCAUGCAAAACAACAAUCUUGACGUUCAAUGGAAAUUAAUAAUGUAGCCUAUAUUAGGAUCAAAGAAGAAGAAACAGAACUCGAACCUGAGAAACAGCGAAAAGAAGAAAAAGAGGAAGAAGAAGAAGAAGAAAAUUCUUGUAGCUCCGAGGUCGAGUUUCCCUUACAGGAAGAACCUUUACCUCAAAUCCUUAUCGAUGAGAAAUGGUCGAAUCGCUUGUUCAAGUUCAUCGCCAUUGGCAUUCCUUCAGCCAUUUUGGUCAUAAUUGCAAUUAAAUGGGUUGGACCCCUUAUGUUGAAAAAGGUGAUUGUCCCUGCUUUACAAUGGGAGGCCCAUGCAUUCAGCACAACCGAGAGAAUACUUGUAAUUGUAACUUCAUUAGCUCUGUUUCCAACUUUAUGUUUGCCAUCCACACCUUCAAUGUGGAUGGCUGGAAUGGCUUAUGGAUACAUUAAAGGGUUGCUACUAGUCAUGAUGGGGGUUUCUCUUGGUGUAUCAUUGCCUUUUUUUGUUGGUUCCAUGUUUCACACUAAAAUUCAACGACUAUUAGGAAAAUAUCCAAAGGAAGCUUCAAUACUAAGACUCGCAGGAGAAGGUAACUUGCUUCAUCAAUUUCGAACAGUGACAUUGAUUAGGAUCAGUCCAUUGCCGUACAUUAUGUUUAACUACGCCGCCGUGGCGACCAACGUCCGCUACAUCCCAUACAUGAUGGGGACAUGGGUGGGGAUGUUGCCUGAAGUUUUUAUUGCACUUUACAGUGGGAUUUUGAUACGAUCUUUUGCUGAGGCAACACAAUACAAAAGGAGCCUUACUCCAAGACAAAUAAUAUACAACAUCGUUGGAUUCUGUGCAUCUGUGACAGCAACAAUUUUCAUUGGCAUCCGUACCAAAAAGCGACUCGACCGGCUACAAGAGGAAGAAUUAAUUCGAGUGCACGAGGAAGAGCCGACGCCUGAGUAGGCUAUAUUUUUUAAUACAAGUUGGAGCUUGAAAAAGCUUUGAAUGAUAUAAUUAGGAAAACCAAAAUAGAAUACAUAUAUAAAUAUAUAGUUCAUUGGAUUCAACCCUAGUGAAAAAGAAUGAAGUGCAAUGGAAGAUUAUGAUCAACUAUCUCAAUUUGUGGUUUUUACUAAAAAAAUAUAAAAAAAUUAAAAAAAUUCAAAAAUAAUACAGUAAAAAAAGUAAAUACGAAAAUAGUAUAGUCAGGGUGGUCACGCCCUUUGUGACAAAGCACACCACCGACACACGACCCAAACAAAAAAAAAAAAAAAAAAAAAAAAAAAAAAAAAAAAAAAAAAAA